AUGGCUGCCUCAAUAAGUUCAGGCGCUGACCAGAAUGCUCCUUUUGCACAGCCUGUCUGUCAAAACUGCCAGACGUCGACCACCCCGCUAUGGCGCCGCGACGAGGCCGGGUCUGUUCUCUGCAAUGCCUGCGGACUGUUCCUCAAGCUGCACGGGCGCCCGCGACCGAUUAGCCUCAAGACGGACGUGAUUAAGAGUCGCAAUCGAGUCAAGACCUCGAGUCAAGGUCCAAAGAAGAAGUUUGAGCAGAAUGGGGGCCAGCCUCCUCAGACCGACAGUUCCAAUGGCAUCAAUCCUCACCGGCGGGUUUCACAGAUGGCCGCAUCUGUCGCCUCUGAUAGAUCACACUCACCCGUCUCGCGCACGGCGACCCCUGGCGCUCAUCACGACCCAAACAUCGCCCCUCAACACAUCUUUGACGGCGUGUCCGCUGCGGUAGACCCUCACUACAACAGCAGCAAUCACCGCAACGGCUCUCCCACCGAUCCAUCUCUCAAUCCCAACCCCACGCAACCCUCCCCAAGCACAGUCUCCACACACAACAGCCAACACGUCGAACCUCCUAUGAGUUAUGAACAACUAGCCGCCCUCAACACCCGCCUGCGCACACGAGUCUCCGAACUGGAGGUCAUCAACAUGGUGUACCACGACAAUGAACAGAACCUAUGCCGAGAACGGGACCGAGCCAUCCAAGAACGCGAAGAAUGGAAGCACAAGGCUGAAGAGCUGGAACGACGACUCCAAGAAAUUAAUGACCAAGAACACAUUGCGAAGAAGCCACGACUCUCACAAGAACCCAAGGAAUGA